GAACGAUCAAGGCCUUCGAAUUGUCAUGCCUAUUGAAACCGCACGUACUCUGAUUCAGCCAACCGCUGAAUCUAACGCAGAUGAUCUAACCCUCCAAACCGACGUAGUUGCCAACCCCAACCCAACGAAAGGCGAGCACUUGAUUCGUGUCCAGGCAUGCUCCCCUUGCGCCGGGGAGCUUUCUUGGCCGAGAAACUUUCCUCCGCCCACUGAUCGCCUUCUAAUACCAUGUCCCGAUGUCUCCGGUACCGUUGUCUCUGCGCCCCCAGAUUCCCCUUUCCAACCUGGGGCUGAAGUAUAUGCUCGUACAAAUUAUGUCAGACCUGGCAACGCUCGUGAUUUCACAAUCGCGACUGCAGACGAGCUCGCCUUUAAGCCAAAACGCUUGAGCUGGGUCGAGGCUGCUGCGGUGCCAGUAUCAGCCCAGACUGCUUGGCAGAUUCUCUUUAUUUACGCCGGGGUGGUCCCUCCCGAGGGCGUGAUGGAUAUAUCCAAAGCGCGAUCGGCAUGGAAAAACAAAAAAAUACUGGUCACGGCUGCAUCUGGUGGCGUAGGGCUGUGGGUUGUGCAGCUUGCAGCGAAGGUGCUGGGCGUCGAGGUGAUCGGAACAUGUGGACCCGACAACAUCGAUCUGGUACGAUCCAUGGGGGCCAAGGAUGCUGUGAAUUACCGAGCCGCUGACCUGAAGGACUGGGUAGAGGAAGAGGAAGGAAGGCUCGUGGAUGUGGUGGUUGACUGUAUAGGGGGAAGAGCACUCCGGGAUGCUUGGUGGACUGUGAAGGAGGGAGGCACGGUAGUAAGUAUUUUUCAGCCUCCUAGAACCGUCUGUCCAUGGAAGAAUCCGAGCACAAGGGGUGUCAGGGAUAUAUUCUUUGUAAUGCAACCAAGUGGCAAUCAACUGGGGGCGGUCAGUGAGUUGAUUGAAUCGGGACUGUGUAAGGGAAGGGUGGAUAGCGUGUGGCCGUUGGAGCAAUUUCGGCCAGCGUUUGGAAGGCUGGCGACUGGCCAUGCGAGUGGAAAGGUUGUAUUUGACUUAUGCCUAAACAGGUAG